AUGAGUAGGAAUCUUCAUCGUGGCAUAAAUAAGCUAACUCAACUUCACCACUACGAGCCCCCAAAAUGGGCCUCCAAGCUGAAAAAUAUUCCACGAUACUACGUUAAGGUAAGGUAAUAUAAAAAAGGCUUUAUUCAGAGCUCUCAAGUUUGACUUCUGGUAAAGGGUGAAAUGUUCCACCACAUGUCCAUCGAGUGUGAUACCGCGCUCGGCUAUCACCUUUCUGGGAACGGGGUAGGGUAGGGAGAGGGGGGGGUGGGUGGGUAUGUAAGGAGGCAUUCUUCCCCGGAAAAAUGUGAAAAAUGUGUCUAAGACGUACACCCCCUUAUUCUUGUUCUUAGCAUUAUUUAGGACAGAGUCCAAUGUACUGGUCUUUGGUCAGCAUGUGACUGACUAACUUCUCACUAAUAGAACAAAGGAAAGUAAUAUCAAGUUUAUUAUCUAAAACCUCUGUUACUUGGAUCUUAAACAUUUUUGUAGGCCAUGGAAAAAUUUAUGUUAACAAGGAAUGAUCUAUUGCAGAUUGGAACAUCUAAAAUUUUAAUUGGUUCUCUUUUAAGUGGUUCUGAUGGAACUUUAAGUAUUUUUGUUUUGUAGCUUGCUCAGCGUGAUACUCCAAUACAUCACUGGAAUCUUCCCAGUCUCCCAAAAGAGUUUUCAUUAUUUAUUAAAAGGGAUGACAUGACAGGAAGUACUCUGUCUGGAAAUAAGGUACACAGCUUGGAAUUCAGUUCUUGAUCAACAUCUUUAAUUAGUAAAUAUUAAGAUGUGGUAUUAACUUCAUCAACAAUAAGUGAGCUCAGUAAGAUGAACCUUAGAGGUUGGUGCAGUCACAGGAGAUCCAGGCAAGAGGUUGCACAAUUUAUUUGGAAAGCCUGUGUUGUAAAGAAGAACUCUCCUUUGAGUUCAGUAGGAAAACUAGACAACAGUUUGUUUGGCAUCCAUCCUCUACUAUGACUGUGAUAUUCAAAGGAUGAUGACACAUACCAUAUUUACUCAAAACCCCAGCAGGGUUUAUUAAUUUUUCAUGAUUCGAGUGCAGCGUUUAUUCUAGGGUAGUGUUUUUACAAGGGCAGUGUUUAUUUAAAAUCCAAUUUAUUUCUUGUAAGUAAUAGUAUGGUAACUGACCUUUUUAAUUUUAGAAAACAGAAACAUGUUUUCGUGCUUGUCUAAGAGUAUUAUUUAUAUCAUUCUAAAAUUCACAAUUUUGCAUCAGAACUGGUUAACAUUCAAAAGGAUGUGUCUGGUUCACUUAAAAUUUCCAACUGUGAUCGAAGCAUUGAACGUAUCAUGAUGCUGAUAAAUGCAGUAUGUAGUAAUUAAACUGCUCACACGAAAGAGAGAGGAAGUCCACUGUGAUAGCAGUUACAUUUUUGCUAGCCUGUUUUGAGAGUACAGACAUCUUUUUUACAGUGACAGCUACUUUGGUUUUCAAGUUUUUAUCCUCUCAAAUUUAAGCCCUUACAGCUUAUGAUACUUUUUUGUACAGCUGAGGGUCUCAAUCAAGAGAUAGCUGAAGAUGGUUCAACCUACUGUUUUGCAUGUGAGCAAUGAAAAUCUGUGGAUGAUCACUAUUGUUUGAAAAUAUUGCAAUGUGGAAGCUGCUGUUAUGCUAAAACAAAUGCAAAAGAGAGUAUACCAGUUCUAAUGCAAAUGAGAGUAAUGUAAAAGUACCUUGCAAUCAUCUGAAUAAAGUGACCAUAAAUUAUAUGGAAAUGCAUAGCUUCAGUUGCGUCUGUACCUGUGGUCAAAGUCAUCUCAUAUGUUUUUCUUACUAACCCUUUCAGUGACUAUAGUAUCUAAUUUCUCCGUACAAAUCACGCCUGGAUUGCAUAUUGAGGUCAUGGGCAUAAGGCAAAUGAUCACCUGCUUCAAGAUGCUCUUGAUUGUUAGACAAAUUCUCCUUGCACCAGCACUUUAGGAAAUCUAUACAGAACAGUAUGGAGAAUAUGUAUACUGAUUUGAGUGUGUAAAGGGUUAAGUGCAUCCUCAACUGCUGAGUAACCUUAAAUUGUGCUUGUCUCAUUCAGCUAUGCCAAUAUUGUUUUAGGUUCGUAAGCUGGAGUUUUUGUUGGCUGAUGCCCUGGACAAGAAGUGUGACACAAUAUUUACAUGUGGUGGAAUCCAGUCCAAUCAUUGCAGAAGCACUGCAGUUGCUGCAAGACAACUUGGUUUGGAUUGUUACCUGUUCUUACGAAGUCCUGAACAGGUAAGUAUUUGAUUUACUCUUGACUUUUUAGGAAAGAACUGUACAGAAGAUUUUAAGCAGCUUGAGUCAUGAUCAAAGAUCUGUUACCCCUAAGCACAAGUUAUGAUAAAUCAGACAAAGAGUGGCGUCCAUGUGAUCUAUUACCAACGACAACUUGACAAACACACAAUAACAUGGAAUCUCAGCACUUUUUCUUUUCCCACACUUGCAACAAGACAAAAAAACAUCUUUCUAUAUUUCUUUAUCAAGCUCAAAACCUACAGUCUUUGCUUUUUUUAUUUGCAAAAGAUGGAAUCUGUUUGUGAAAUAGAAGCUCCUCACAUUGCAUUGAACAGUGGACUCAUAUGAAGAUGAGAUGAGAAGAUUCACAAUUACACUGUUACAUACUAUAGUUAAGCAGAUGUCUCUUUGAGAUUUGAACCAGACAGAAAAAACUGUAUAACAGGCUGCUAACAGAAGUUCAAUCUUUACUCUAAUGUUGCUCAUUUCAGAGAAAAAAAAAGCACCAAUUUUGCCUUACAUAGAUGGUGAAACUCUGAGAAAGUUAAUAAACUUAUUGAAACUUUCAUUUGAUCUUUUUUUUUUUCAUGCAGACCACAGAUAUUGGUUGUGAAGGAAACCUGUUUUUAAACAAAUUGGUUGGAAGUCAAAUUAUUGUUGUUCCUCAGCUUCAGUACAAAUCUGGCCUUAAACAAAUGAUGGAGAAAGUGUCUGAAAAAUUGUAAGUGAAAGGUCAGAGAACUGUAAAACUUAGCAAGUUGGCACCACUAUGGUUGCAAUCAUUAAAAGUAAUCUACCUCAAACUGACAUUAGGCUUUACUUUUAGACAGAGCUGUCACUAAGUGACAGUAAUGGACCAGCUCAUUGUAUUAUAAUUGCCAAUGAAAAUAUUGAAAUUCUUUUGAAGAAAUUUGUGUUGCAGCCAUUUUACAGUGGAAUUGACUGUGUAUUAAUUUACCAGUAACAGGUUUAGUUGCAGGGAUAGAUCUCACUGGCAGAACUUGCUUGAAAGGUUUAAAAAAAACUGCAUGAAUUUACUGUAAUGCCUGGGACAUUUUAGUUGAACAGUACCAUCUUUGUGGUGAAAACUGAUGAAAAUCAUGAUGGCCGCCACCUUAGCACAUCUUCUAAAACAUGAAGGCAAGCAAAAAUAUUACAGGAGCUGCUAUUGGCUCUCAAGUUGGUUCCUCUUAAAGGAAUUGAAAAUUAAGCCAUAUCUACAAUGCAGCCUUUUAGGUGCUAAUCUCAGAAUGUCAGAAUUCUUGAGAAGUUUAGGCCUUUUUACAGUUGUGUAUUUAGUUGCCAAGCCUUUGAUUUGAAGUGAGGCUGUAGGUGACCUUGUUGUGAUAGAGACCAGUACCUGGUUAGCUUAACAACAAAGCAAUUUACAUUUGAGAAGCAGCAAGGUUUGUAUCAUAACAUGGUUACCCUUAGCCUCACUCCUGUUGAAAGGCUUGGAAACCAAGCACACACCUGUAAAAUGGACUAUUAUGGAUGGGACCCACUCCCUCUCCCCUUAGUUUGAUAAUUUACUGCUUUGUACCAGUCUUCUGCCACAAUCUGAAAGCAACUGGAUACAAGAAGCCCAAUAUGAAUGAACAAAUAAUAAAUAGUUUAAUAAAUUAUGAGUGAAGAAAAAGAAAGGUGAAAAAGAAAGAUAGGAAUGAAUAAAACAGGUCAACCAUUCUUUAGGCCACUUAAAGCAUUCUUUAAGAAAAGUAUCUUGUUGGCCAGGAGGUCAUAUAAACCACUCAGGAGACCAAUAGAUUCUGCUCUUUUGUAUGACUCUGGGGAAAUGCUAGGAAAACUCAAGAGAGUUGUUAUUAUAAUUAUUAUGCAGUGAGUAAAGAAGGCAGCAGAUAUUGGAGAAUUCUUGAACUAAGUUUUGAUGGGCUAGGUUAUUUUUGACCCAGAUAUGGAGAAUAUUCUCCUCAAAUUACUUGCUUACUUACCUGCCUCACCUACUUCUGUUUCUCAAUGAAAACCCAGCAUGUAUGCCAAGGCAUGUUUGUAGAUGUCAAAGUUCCUUCCUACUGACUUUGUUUGGUUUUUUUUUCAGGAAAGAACAGGGCUCGUCAGCUUAUCUGAUUGAAGUUGGAGGCUCCUCUUACAUGGGGAUGUUUGGUUACUUAACAGCAUUUCAAGAAAUGAUAGAUCAGGUAAAAUUACAAGCUUUUUCUGCAUUGUGUGCGCAUUUUGUGCAUUUCUGGCCAAGAGGUGAUGAAUGCAGUUAAACACUGAUCACACAAAAGCCUGUUUGUUAAAAUAUUUUAUUCUGGAUAUCUGUCAAAAAGCUGGCUUUGUUUGUUUCAGAAUGUGCUGAAGAAUUUUGAUGACAUUGUUGUUACAGUUGGCAGUGGUGGAAGUGCAUCAGGAAUUGCCAUUGGUAACUAUUUAACAGGAUCAAAACUCAAGUAAGCUCCGAAUAAAAAUAUUGAUAUUUUCUUUCUUGACUGUGUGGAAGGGCUGAACAAGAAAAAAUCUGGCUCAAGGUCAUGACAUAUAGACCCUUUCUCUGACUAAUCUGUUCAUUAUGACCAGGGGCCAAAUAUUUUCCAGUCUGGCUUGUCCCCACUUAGUCAUUAAGGAUUUUGUCAUUUGAUCAGCACUCUUUGUCUUCUUUUCUUCUUGCUGUUUGCAUCUCAGGAGGCCAGCAUAUACAGAGCUCUGCAUCAUUUAUGGCACCACUGCCACCAUUGCUUUUCUUCAUCUAAAGGGUUUGAUUUUGUAAAAUUUUUUCAUUAAAUUUACAUCCAGGGAUUUACUGGUCUUAGGAAUAAUAAUAAUAAUAAUAGGACUGAGUGGAAUUCAAUUCGGUCUGUUAUCUUACAAGUGAUUAAUACAAUCAGAUGACUGUGAAGUGGGAGUCAGUUAUAUUAAUGUUAACACUAAGUCCUGUUACCAAUUUAUCAAAACUAUGACAAAUUUGAGAAAGAAACUAGAUGUAUUGGUUGUGCAUUUUCAUAACAAGGUGUGUACAUGACAUAUGCUAUCGACUCAUACAGGCAUGAUGCAUCAACUGUUCUAUUACACUGUUCAGACAGAAGCAUAUGACACAUACAAUGUCCUAUUUAUGCUUAAAUUGGGCUGAUGAUGACCAAUCACAUUAGAGUAUUUUGUUAUAGUUUCCAUUGAAAUGCUAUAUCACCUUUCAAGAACCCCUGACAAACUAUUUCAUGAAUGUUAUGAAAAAGCUUUAUUCUCUUGACCUAUAGGCUGAUAAAAAUUUCUGCAAGUACCUAAGCUAUACAUGCUUAAGACUUCAGACAAAGAGAUUGUGGUUCUGGAGAAUUUCUCACAGGCCUUUAAAUCUUUCUAGAAUUUUCCCUUAUUUUCUUUGAACACUAGAGACUUAUUGAGACCUUUAAUAGUAUCAUCAUUGUCAUUUAUUCACAGGUGUCAUGCAGUAAACGUGUGUGAUGAUGCAGCAUAUUUUUACCAGAAAAUCAAUGAAGACCUUCAAAUAGGUGGACUAGAUGUUCAAGCAGAAGAGUUAAUUGAUAUUAUUGAUGGAUACAAAGGACAGGGCUAUGGCAAAUCCACUCAAGAAGAGUUAGGUUGGUGUUUAUUCAAAUAAUUUUGCAGAUUUUGGUUUCUUCAUAAUUAGAAUACAAGCAGUCCCUCCUUUUUGGAGAUGUCUGUCAGGCAAAUUAAAAAAAAAAAUUAAAAAAAAAAUUUUUUUCCUUUUUGAGUCACACAACUUUUAUAGACUUUGCCCAAAAGGAUGAGUUUCUUGUAAUCUUCUACAUAAUAUAUUAAAUAAUAACCUGCUUAUUUAGGUACUGAAAUGACAUGCAAGUUGAAAAGAGUUAUUUCUAUCUAUUAGUAAAUAACCUUUCCAAAACUCAAAAAUAUGAAAAAAAGCUUGCCCCUCAUUUCUUUCUGAUCCUGUACUAACGCCAAACAUGGAAAAUUUGUUUUCAGAAUGCUCUCUGGCUGACAGCAUGUUGAUUUAUUUCAGUGCAAAUUAAAAGCUAAAAUUUUAUGGCUGAAAGUUAAAAUGAUAUGUACUCUGUUAACAAGCGAUCAGUGUAUCUGUUUUGCAAUUUAGAAGGAAUGAUCACUCAAUGAUGUUUCAGACCUCAAAGUUUACCUGCCCCACCCCUCCCCCCCUCUUUACCACAGGUUUGUGCAAGACAAUAAUAAUGGAUAAUUAUAUCCAUAAUUAUUAUAAUUUAUUGCUUAUUUAUUCCUGAUUUAUUCCAAAAUACAUUCGAAAUUGCUUGAUUACCAAAUAAAAACAUGAUUUAAAUUUUUCUUAACCAUUUGCAUUUGAAUUCGCUUCCUACGAACCCUGAAAUCUUUGUAUCUGUUAAUGAAGAGGACAUUGUGGAGAUAUCCAGAACAACUGGAAUUAUGGUGGACCCCGUGUACAACGUCAAAGCCAUUAGAGGAAUGCUACACGAGAUGAACACCAACCCAGGGCGAUUUGAGGGUCACAGAAUACUUUAUAUUCAUACUGGUGAGUACAAUUUAUCAACAUCAUCAGUGAUAAAUACUUCCUUCCCUAUGGCUAAGAACCUGCAUACCUUGAAAUAAUGGUUUCUCAAAGGUAAUCUCUUGGAAAUGCGAUUUCCCUGCAAUGAUAUUCUGCUCAUGCGUGGUUGUGCGCUUGUCAGCCUGAAGGAAAAAGGUACAUCACCUUAAGUUGUCAACGAGUGAUUUUGGGAAAUGAUGUGGAAAACGAAACUCAUUAAUCAAAUGAAAAAGAGGAAAAAAACGAUUACUGAACUUGGCUAUCGGCUUUGGUAAAUAAUUGUACAUACCAUGAUAUUUUUCUCAACCAGGUAGGUAAAUUGCAACCUUGAGAUCCCACUUUUGAUCCCUCGUAGAAGUAUCAGUUGUCCGUAACAUGUACUAUGGUUGCAUGUGGUAUGUACUUUCUUUCGCGUGGAAGCAAAAUUAUUAUACGUUAGACUUACUAUGAAGACUGAUUGGUCGAGAGCAUACAUUCGAUAUACAAUAGCAGAUAUUGGUUUCUCGUGUCGCGUUUAAAUUCUGCCUAGUGUCCAAGCCCUUCGUCCGUGUAGUGUUCUCAAACUCUUGCAAAAUCAGAGAGAAGAUUCUUCUUUAGCAAAUUGUUUCAAAAAAUAAAUGAUAAAUCAGUUAUUGAAUUUGGUUGUAGCAUGAUAUUAUAAAUUAUCAAACCUGGCAUCUGUGUUAUCUGCCUCGGCUUUCGGCUUCGGCAGAUAGCUCAGACCCCGGCAUUGCUAAUUUAUGAUAUUAUGCUCAACCUCAUCCAAUAAUUGCUCAUUAUUUUUCAAUUGCACUAAAUAGAGUACAAUUAACGCGCGAAUCUAGUAAAAAAUUUCCUGUGAUAUUGUACAUUUGGUUAUUUUGUACUGUAAAAAAACUUGUUUAAUCGGUUGGCUGCGCGUGUUGCACUUCUCUAUUUGCGUCGCUUUUCCCACUUUUUGCCCAUGAAAUAAAGCAGUUGGGCAAUAACUUAUGAGAAGUUUUGGUGUGUAGUAUCGCUGGGCAUUUUUACUCAUAGUUUGUGUUUGGACUCGCCCUGCGUGAUCGACAAAAUAUGUUACAACUCGUAAAAAUAGUUACCGAUACAACAAACCAAGAAUUCUGAUAAGAUAUAUCUUUUGAUGGAAGACUGAAUAUGACAACAUCUACAGGUGAUAAACUUUCAUAUUUUUGCUCAGAGGAUGGUGUUACCAAUCCUUUGAAAAUGGCGAGACCUGAUUUGUAACGUUGUCAUGCGAAUUUCGCACACGUCUGAUAGGGUGUGUCUGAUUUUCCAACAGGAGGUGUGUUCGGUUUGUAUGAUGGAAGAAUGGACCCGUUAGUAACUCGCCCUGCACUGGGUAUAAAUGAUGUUGUCUGCUGGGAAAGUGCGAAUGAUCCUAUGCCAUUCUGAGGCUGACUCGUUCUUAGUUGUCUCUCUUAUUUUAGAUAUUUAGGUAGUGCUCGAGAGGCCGCGUGUAAAAAGAUUUUCGUUCGUUUCUCAUCGUUCCCUUUGUUAAUAUAGUGCUAAUCUCUCGCGAAACCCUCGGCCGCGCAAGAAAGACUGGGAACUAGCAAAUUUUAGGGUGGCAAGAAACAAAGGUCAGUCAAGACAUGCCUACAUUCUCUUUUGGCGUCAGCCAGUAAAACUGUUCACAAACGAGGAGGUAAUUGCAUCGCAUGGACUUCUCAAACCAUCAGAGGUAAACAGUCUAUGACCAAGGUCUCGUGAGCUCACAUAUGGAAGACGAACACAACAAAUUAUUGGACCGGAAAAAAUGUUAAAGCCUUUGAAAAUAUAUUCGUGU